UGCUUAAACCAGCAACAAAUUGCCAGCUAGCUAGCUUUUCAUGCCUCAAUACACUCUAUAAAUUGAACACAAGCUCUCUUCUUGUAUCAAACAAAAGCAACAAACAAACAUCAUACCAUCAACAAAAAACCAAGUAGAAAAAUAUAUAUCUAUUAGCAUGGCAAAGAAGCCAAGCAUGGGACGGCAAAAGAUAAAAAUCCAGAAAAUAGAGGUGAAGAACCACCUCCAAGUGACCUUCUCGAAGCGGCGGUCGGGGCUGUUCAAGAAAGCGAGCGAGCUGUGCACGCUCUGCGGCGUGGAGAUCGGCAUCAUCGUCUUCUCCCCCGCCGGGAAGGUCUUCUCCUUCGGCCACCCCAACGUGGAGUCCAUCAUCGACCGAUACCUAAGUCGCAACCCGGCCCCCAACGCCAACGACCCCUUCCAUCUCAUGGAAGCUCAGAGAAACGCCAGCGUGAGAGAACUCAACCAGCAAUUAGGGCACAUCCUCAACGAGGUGGAGGCCGAGAGGAAGAGAGGGGAGAGCUUAGAUAGCAUGCGGAAGGCAAAUCAGAGCCAUUAUUGGUGGGAAUCGCCCAUAAAUAAAUUAGGGUUGGAGGAGCUGGAGCAGGUCAAGGAGGCCAUGGAGGAGCUCAAGAAAAAUGUCAAUCACCAGGCGGCCAAGCUCGUCAACGCCUCCGCCACCUCGCUUUUUAUGGCCAACAGAGCUGGGGUUUUCGAUCACUACGAGACCAAGCCUACCCACGGUGUUGUCACUUCCAAUAUCAAUAAUAUUGCCGCCGCCGCCGCUGCUGCUAACGGCAACUUUGGAUAUUGCCAUGGAUUUUUCUGA